GGCACUCCAGCAACACCAUCAUGAAGGUCCUGUGCGUUCUCGCCGCCGUCUUGGCCGUGGCUGCCGCCGCCCCCGCGCCCGGCCUCCUCGCCGGCGCCCCCCUGCUGCCCAAGGUGCAGUACGGCCCCAGCGAGCUGACCGUCGUCAAGCAGCCCCACGUCGUCACCGAGACCGAGCUCCAGUACCGACAGGUGCCCGUGCCCGUCAAGACCGUCGCCUACACCGCCCCCCAGGUGCACCUCGAGACCGACGUGAUCCACGCCGCCCCCGCCGUGGCCUACUCCGCCCCCGCCGUGGCCUACUCCGCCCCCGCUGUGUCCUACGCCGCCCCCAGCGCCGUGGCCUACUCCGCCCCCGCCGUGGCCUACGCCGCCCCCGGCGCCCUGGCCUACGGUGCUCCUCUGGCCCACACCAUCUACUAAUCUAAAAGGCUCAAUAAAUUAUUUUUGGAAAAACA